AGACUUGUCAUAAAGGUCUUGAGAUACCAGGCGAUAAACUCAAAAAAACUGAUAAUAAUUUGUUAUUAUUAUUUGUUAUCAUAUAUGUUACGAAUAAUACGGUUUAGACUUUAGAAGCGUAACCAUGAUGGUAAAUCAUGAAAGAAAUAAAAUUAAUUACAAGCAGAUUUGCUGUACAUGUCUCAGUGAAAAUAGAAUAAAUUAUACAUUAAUGCAAAUAAUUGAUGGCGUGAAUAUUUUAUACAAUUUACUAUCUAUCAAUCGAGAUGCCUAUAGAGAUACAUUUACAAAAGAUGUAGCAAAGUUACAUGUGUGUUGGGAGUGCAGAGCAGUGAUAUGGAAGAUUAUUAAAUUUAAGAGACAACUCUGCAAAGCCAAAAAGUGGCUAGAUUCAGUAAGCAGUGAUCACAUUGCUAUUGAAAAGCCUAGAAAUACCCUGUCUCAAUUAUCCACAUAUAGUGAAAAUACAAAUUAUAUUGAAAAUUUUGAAGUAGAAACACAACAAUUAGGUGAUUUUGUUAAAGUUUCAGAAGAGCUACCAAUCUACAAUUCUAAAGCUCAACUAGAAAAUAAUAACAUUUCAAACACAACUAAACUGGUUGAUAUUAAAACUGAGGAUGUCAAAUUGGAACCAAAUUCAAUACCAGUGAUAAAUGAGGAGAAUAAAGAAUUCUAUACAAUAAUUAAGACACAUAGAAACGAAAUUGAUCUUGAGAAAAGAAAGAAACUGUUACACAUAAAUGGUAAUGGAAUUCUAUGCCAUGUUUGUGUCCAAAAGUUUAAGGAUAACAAGUCUUUGAGGCAACAUAUUCAGAAUACGCAUACUCAGAGAAAGAACUAUUUACAGUGUGAUGGAUGUAAUAAUUAUAUAAAGAAAUCCUUAUUUAAUGAACACAACGAUGACCAUAACCAGUAUUAUAGAUGCCAAUUAUGCAGUGAAAUUUUGUUUUUAAAGAAAUUAGUGAAACAGCAUUUAAAAGUUGUACAUAAAAAGGAACCAGCUGAGUUUUAUGUGCGGAAGACACCUUUUGUGAAAAAUCCCGGUUCGAAGCCAAGACUUUAUCCGGCUUUAAAAGAUGUGGAAACGUCUCGCGGCUUUGCUUGUCCCGAAUGUAGCGAAUAUUUUUUGACUAAAAGGCUGAGAUACAAUCACAUACAAAAAAGACACCGAAAAGGGUUUAGAUGUGGCGUUUGCUUCAAAGUGUUCAGUUUUAAGGCUCACCUCAAUAAACACCAGUUAUUACAUACAAAAUUAGUUCAAGAUCGCAAACCGUGCUCAAAAUGUGGGAAAUCAAUUUGCUUAAAAUCAAUGGCUACCCAUAUGCAGCAUCACGCUGAAAGAUCUCGCGAAUUGGAGUGCGUGCCUUGCGGGAAAACAUUCAAGUCUCAUGCUACAUAUGAUCACCAUCUGAAGUACACAAAGGCUCAUGCGACAAUGGAUAUAUACAAAUAUAAAUGCGAUCAUUGUGGCAAAGCUUAUAGGAGUAAAGUGGAAGUAUCGGACCACAUUCACUAUACGCACAUGGGCAAAACUCAACACGCGUGUCCGUUAUGUAAUAAGCCAGUCCCAACGAAGAAGAGUAUAGCACAUCAUAUGAGAAAAUGGCACAACUCGAACAAAACUGACCCCGCCAAAAAAGAAAUGUGUCAAAUAUGCGGUCAAAUGUUUGGGUGCAAGAAAAUACUCAGAGAACAUAUUAUGAGACAUACUGGCGAGCGACCUCUAUCUUGUAAGAUCUGUGGCAACACAUUUAGACAGAAGGCUUCGUUAUACACUCACAAGCGACUAGUGCAUAAGAUAUUAUUUCCUAAGAAAAAGCAUAUCUCUCUUAUUACAUAAAAAAAGAUAUAUUUUGAACCUAUUUAUGAAAUUUUACGGUUGUAACGAAGUGUGUUAAUGCCUCUAAUAAAUGUUCAAAUAUAA